CUCCGACCGUGUGGAGAUGUAUGUGUCAGAGCUCAAGGAUCUUCUUACAGACGUGCGGAGCUUCCUCGGAGAGACCCUCUGCCGGGAGAAGCUGACCCCGAGGGCCGAAGAGGAGAGGCUGAAGCUGCUCAUGAGGCUGGGCCCCCCGCCCCCCGCCUACCUCGACAUGUCCAGGGCCACCACGCUACCUGCGUCUCUCAAGUCGUCCCCCGAGCCGAACUGCUACGAGACCAUGUCCGACAGCCCUCUCCCCUCCAAGAGCGGCUCCCUUUCCAGAAGGGAGAGGUUCCUCUUUUUGGAGCAGAAUAGGAAGGUCUGGGCCAAGCUGUCAGGGUCCGAACUGUACCUCUACCCCGGCAGAUCGGAGUCCAGGCCGGCGUCGGUUAUCCAACUGGAGGGCUACAUCGCCAGGCCCGCCACCAGCCACAAACCCUUCGCCUUCGAGAUUGUCUGCCCUGGCAAGAAGACAUAUCAGUUCACAGCUUGCAGUGAAGAAGAAAUGAGCAGCUGGGUGGAGGCAGUGACAGACGCAGGUACCAGAGGGAAACGGGAGCUCCCUCCACCGCCCCCCGUACAAGCCGCACCGCCCCCACAAGAGGUCUACGACACCCCGGACGCGAGGCUGCGGCCUGUCACACCCCCUCAAGAAUACGAGAGAAUGAUAUCCGACUCUCUGUAUCACGUCAUCGGCUCAAAGCAGAUCCCGAUACAGGAACAGCUUUACAAAAAUGUUGGAAUUGGAAAAGAGGAAGAAACUUGUUAUUACAACCUCCUACCAAGGGAUACAGAAGAAAUAUACCAAACGAUUACAGAAGAAGAAAAGCAUGGUAUAGGCCAGAGCAGAAUACAAGCAAUUAUUAAAGCAAUGGAAGCUUCCAUAGCAGAGGCACAACUUUACGAACCUGUUGAUGGUACACAAGAGCGAUAGCCUGUUUGGAUAUCGUCUGGGAAUUUGCUUCUGCAUUUGAUAUAAAAUGACAUCACUGGGUUUACCGAUGGUGAUAUUAUUACGCUAACAGAUUGGUUGGCAGAACAAGAGGAAUCCAUUGCUUUGCCUCUGUUUAGGAAAAUAGAUAUGUAUAUAAAUGUAAUAUAGAUAGAAGUUUGAAUUUACAAUAUCGAGCUGUUUUAUAUAUAUUUGUAUUUGUUUGUUACUUUUUAUAAAAGACAUUAUGUUAUUUUUAUGUUGUUUUUUUUUCAAGUGCUUGAUUAUUGGUUUCAUGUAUGCUAUACAAAAUACAUAUGAAUUAUUUCUUUUUUAUGUGUUUAUUAGUAUAAAAAAGUAAAUAAGAUAUUAAAUUUUAGCAAUAUGUUUAGAGUAAACUUGUUUAUUUUUAAAGUUAAGAAUUUACUUGCAUGAAAAUAAACUUUAGAACAUUAUUUCCAUAUAUAAAUUACAUAAAAUAACGUUCUAAAAGCAAUUAUGUAGACAGACUUACUUAGAUGGUAAAAAAUAAGUACUUGAUUGUUACUGUAGACUGAAAUUUCAAUGUAUAAAAAAAAAAUCUGCUAAUGUACAAAUAGUUAUAAAAUAUAAAAAAAUAUAUGUAUUUCCAAAGAGGAAAGUCAAGAAAUGUAAGAUGGUUUUAGAUAAAUGUGGAUGAGAAAUGAAUCUAGAGAUUUGUUAUUAUUUGAUAUUAGGCCAAAGAAUAAAACAAAAAUGUCAAUUUAUAUUUUGUAUCAAUUUGUGUAGUUUCUAUAAAUAAUUAAGAUUUAUGUUUUAAUUAUGUAAAUAAAUAAAAAUUGUUUCACGCCUAAUA